AUGACAACACCCGAAUUUUCACACGUGCUACCUGGUCAGCACGUGUACGAUGACGUUCUCUUCUUUGGUUAUAGCCCCCCGGACGUGCUGGACGCAGUCAAGGGCUUUUCUGUCAGGGAUGAUGAUGUUUUUAUUGUGACGUAUCCUAAAGCUGGAACAACCUGGAUGCAAGAAAUACUUUGGCUGAUUAUGAACGAGGGAGAUUUUGAAGGUGCCCACAAAAAGCCAGUCUAUUUCCGGUCACCAUUCUUAGAGUUCAAGGACGACAUCCUGAACGAGGUCGGCCUUGAGCUUGCGGAGCCGAUGCCGUCGCCUCGUGUGAUGAAAACACAUCUUCAACCAUCCAUGAUACCCCGUGAUAUUGCUCAGACAAAUUGCAAAAUGAUACUUGUAUUUCGGAACCCUAAAGAUCUGUGUGUGUCCUACUACCAUUUCUACAAGUCAAGUUCGUCUGUAGGAAACUUUAAAGGAACAUGGACAGAAUUUUUGGAAAUGUUUAAAGCUGGACACGUGGACCAUGGAUCUUGGUUUGACUUUACACGGCUAUGGUGGGAACAGAGAGACAACCCAAACCUCCAGCUAGUGUUCUAUGAGGACAUGAAAAAGAACCUGCCAGAAGUUAUAAAGACAUUAUGUAAGUUUCUGAAUAGACCACUAGAUGAUACCACUAUACAGAAGAUCGCCAAACAUUGCGAGUUUAAAAGUAUGAAGGAAAACCCCAUGACAAAUCACCUGGAUGUGUACUCUAUUGACAGCAAAAUAUCCCCUCUGCUCAGGAAAGGAGAGGUCGGAGAUUGGAUGAAUUAUUUUACGGUUGCCCAGGACAAGGAGUUUGAUUCUUUUUACAGCAAAACUCUUGGGGCAUUAGAUAUACCUUUUACUUACCAGUUGUGA